UUCCCCCUCGAACCUCUCUCUAGACAAAAAUGUUGGGCUCCACAAUCCAGCGCAGGGCUUUCUCUGCCUCUGCCCGCAACCUGUCCAAGGUUGCCGUCCUCGGUGCUGCCGGUGGCAUUGGCCAGCCUCUCUCUCUCCUCCUCAAGCUCAACACCCGCGUCACCGAGCUUGCUCUGUACGAUAUCCGCGGCGGACCCGGUGUCGCUGCCGACAUCUCCCACGUCAACACCAAGUCCGUUGUCAAGGGCUAUGAUCCCACCCCCAGCGGCCUCGCUGCCGCCCUCAAGGGCUCCGACAUCGUCCUGAUCCCCGCCGGUGUCCCCCGAAAGCCCGGCAUGACCCGUGACGAUCUCUUCAACACCAACGCCUCCAUCGUCCGCGACCUCGCCAAGGCCGUUGCCGAGUCCGCCCCCGAGGCCAAGCUGCUCAUCAUCUCCAACCCCGUCAACUCCACCGUCCCCAUCUGCGCUGAGGUCUUCAAGGCCCGCGGUGUCUACAACCCCAAGAAGCUGUUCGGUGUCACCACCCUGGAUGUCGUCCGUGCCAGCCGCUUCGUCUCCGAGAUCAAGAACACUGACCCCAAGGACGAGAACAUCACCGUCAUUGGUGGCCACUCCGGUGUCACUAUCGUCCCUCUGUUCUCCCAGAGCAACCACCCCGACCUCUCCUCCAACGCCGAGCUCGUCAAGCGCGUCCAGUUCGGUGGUGACGAGGUCGUCAAGGCCAAGGACGGUGCCGGUUCCGCCACCCUCUCCAUGGCUUUCGCCGGUGCCCGCAUGGCCGAUGCUCUCCUCCGCGCCGCCGACGGCGAGAAGGGCGUCGUUGAGCCCACCUUUGUCGACUCUCCUCUGUACAAGGACCAGGGCAUUGACUUCUUCAGCACCAACGUCGAGCUCGGCCCCAACGGUGUUGAGAAGAUCCUCCCCAUUGGCAAGAUCGACGCCAACGAGGAGAAGCUCGUCGAGGCCUGCCUGGGCGACCUCAAGAAGAACAUUGCCAAGGGUGUUGCUUUCGUCCAGGAGAACCCCGGCAAAUAAGCUGCUACAAUAAUGUUUUUCGAGCACACACUUCAGCGUUUUUAACGAGAUAAACGUCGGAGGGAGAGGAGGACCACGGGACUGGCUCGCUGCUACAGGUGGCUUUGGUUGGGCUGGGCUUUGUGAGGAUGGUAAACGGAAAACACGGGGAGGUUUGGAUGAAGAAAAAAAAGAAGAUAUUUUUAGCUUUUAUUGAGCUCCCUUUUCCCGCUGUUCUGCAGCUGCCAUAGACUUCAAUCGGGUCUCUGUAUCAUUAGCAAACAAAAAUAAAUGAAUAAAUACAUAAUCAAGAGAAUCUCCC